AUGGAUGAAUCCAGCUUUGACUUAAACUCAUUUCCAGACUACUAUGAGGAGUAUGGGAACUUGACUAAUUAUACUGGCUCUGGUAAUGUGUGUGAAAUGGAUGACCUCCACGCAUUUGGUGCCCAUCUCACCACCAUCCUGUACUCUCUUGCGUUUGUUCUUAGCCUGCUGGGAAAUAGUUUGGUGUUAUGGAUCCUGAUGAAGUAUGAAAGCCUUGUGUCUUUAACAAACAUCUUCAUCAUGAACCUUUGCAUCUCCGACCUGGUCUUCUCUUGCAUGCUGCCCUUCUGGAUUGUGUAUCAUUUGCAUGGAUGGAUUUUUGGUGAUUUCCUCUGCAAGGCUGUGAAUACUGUUUUCUCCAUCAGCUACUACAGUGGUAUUGUCUUUUUGACCAUAAUGACUAUUCUCCGGCAUAUGGCAGUUGUGAACCCUUUGUCAACCUUGAGUACUCAGACACGCCAGUGUGGCAUUCAGGUGAGCUUGGCCAUUUGGACUGCUAGCAUAUUAGUUGUGGUUCCUGAGAUGAUUUUCACCCAAGUGCAAACUGAUCUGGAUGGUUUCAGUACCUGCGAUUACACUGACUUACAUUGGAAAAGGGUAGAAAUUUAUCAGCGAAAUGUCUUCUUUCUCUUUUCCUUUACUGUUAUUGUAUUUUGUUACGUCAAGAUACUGAAAAUUCUGCUCAGAACAAGAUCUCAUAGGAAGCACAGAACUGUGAGACUCAUCUUUACCAUUGUGGUAGCUUUUUUCCUGAGUUGGGCACCUUAUAAUAUAUUCUGUUUCCUGCAAACUUUGCCAGCUCAUUACAUCUUUCUGAACUGUGAGAUUCAAAAAAACAUUGCAUAUGCCUUCUACAUCAGCCGCAAAAUUGCCUUUUCCCACUGCUGCCUCAACCCUGUGCUCUAUGUAUUUGUUGGAGUCAAAUUCAGAAGACAUUUGAUGCACCUAUGCAAUUACCUCUGGCCAUGCAAUAAUGGGAAAAUCUCCAGCCCCAGGAUUUAUUCUCAUGGCAAAUUCCACUAUGAAGAUGCUUCCAUUUACUGA